ACCAGCCAGGGCAAAACCUUUCUCGAGCAGGAGCCCAUCUUGAAUGUCACGGACAGUACACGAGAUCUCUAAGUCGAGCAAACUCUGAGAGCAGUGGCUGAGGCAGCCGAGCAUCUGGGGUUGUCGCUGCGUCGACAAAUUAACCUACGCCAAGGGCGUUCCAAAGCUGCCCAGGGGCACCGCACGAUGUGUCACCAGGAACGUGGGUCUACUUCUGUGACUAUUGCUGGUAGAAGGAAUUCCACGAUGGCUGCUAACGAAGCCUCCGGUUCUGCUGUUACAGGAGAAACCAGAAUCCUGCAGGUGCUGGACGACGGCACUGACCUGGUAGAGGUGGUGAGAUCCAUUAGUGAGGGUGAGGCCAUGGCCGAGAAGGAUGCCUUUUACGUGGUGGACCUGGGGGACAUCGUGAGAAAGCACCUGCGCUGGCUCAGCGCCCUGCCACGUGUGCGGCCCUUCUACGCUGUCAAGUGCAACAACACUCAGACCAUCGUACACACCCUCGCCACGCUGGGUGUCGGCUUUGACUGCGCUAGCAAGGAGGAGAUAGCGCUGGUGCAGAGCCUCGGCGUGAGCGCUGAUCGCAUCAUCUAUGCAAACCCCUGCAAGCAAGUGUCGUACUUGCGCUAUGCGGCCAAUUACGGCGUCGACCUCAUGACGUUCGACAGCGAUGCUGAGCUGCACAAGGUCGCCCGCAUUAACCCCAACGCCAGGCUCGUGUUAAGAAUCGUCACCAACGACUCGAGGUCUGUGCACAAGAUGAGCAAUAAGUUCGGAGUCAGCCUCGAGUCGAGCCGUCAGCUGCUGGAGACGGCAUUUGGCCUAGGUCUACUUGUCGUGGGAGUCAGUUUCCAUGUUGGAAGCAUCUGCAAUGAGCCAGAAACCUUUGCGCGAUCCAUUGCUGAUGCCCGAAGGGUUUUCAACAUCGCUGCUGAACUGGGAGUGAAACUAACCCUUUUGGACAUUGGAGGAGGCUUUCCUGGUUACAAUGAACAUGUCAGGAAUAACUUUGAUGAGAUCGUGGCCGUCGUGAACUCGGCACUGGACACGCAUUUCCCCGCGGGCUGCGGUGUGAACAUCUACAGUGAACCCGGCCGCUACUACGUCAUGUCGGCAUUCACCCUGGCCACCAACGUCAUCGCUAAGAAGACGCUCGUCAAACCGCUGGCCGACGGUGCAGGUGUUGGGGAGCCCGUGUACAUGUACUACAUGAAUGAUGGAAUAUUUGGAUCCUUCAACCUCGUUAUCAAUGACAUCGAAGAGGUGGUCACAGAGGCACUAAAACACGUGGAUCCGGAGGAGCCAGUGUUUGAGUCGUCACUGUGGGGCCCCACUUGCGAUGGGCAGGAUCGCGUGAUGGAGCGCACGCAACUGCCGGAGAUGCACGUGGGCGACUGGCUGCUGUUCCGCAACAUGGGCGCAUACACAAUGGCCAUGUUCUCCGAGUUUAACGGAUUCUGCCAGCCCAAGUUGUACUAUGUGAUCCGCAAAACUGAAUGGACUUUGCUGACAGCGCUGUGUCCAGAAGAGCAGUUGAGUCCAUUCCUGGGCUUCGGAACUUUCAACGCAUCACGUUUGCCAAACAACAACGUAGAUCACUUGAUUUAAUCCACGUUCUUCAAGUUUUAGCCGGGUGGUGAGAAUUGUAGA